AUGUCAUCCCCUACCGGACGGGAGCUUACCAUCUAUCUCUAUCUCUUUUCUAUUAUUGCGGUCUUCCCAUUUCUUACUUCAGCCAGUAGCUCCUUGAAGUUUGAUCUAUUUGGCAACAUGUACAGAGUUCAUGUCAUCAAUGGCUUCAGCAGCAAUGACCUGCCAUUUUUACUUCAUUGUUGGUCGAGCAAUGACGAUCUAGGGCACCAUAGUCUCUACAUUGGCGGUGACUUUAACUUCCACUUUGGCCUCCGGAUUAUACCUCCCUCUACCCGUUUCUGGUGUGACAUGAACCGCGGCCCAAAAUAUAUUCCUCAAGUUAGUGUGUUUGAGGAGGAUGAAGUGCUGCAUUUGUGCAGCCACACGCAGCAAUGCUAUUGGCGGGGGCAAGAUAACGGACUCUAUUUCUGCAAUGAUAACUCCUCCUAUUUCAAGUUGUAUGACUGGUAUAUCAGAAAAAAGGAAAGGUGA